UGGAAGCAAACAAGCUGCCAAUGAAUGUAUUAAAAGCAAAAAAGAAUUAAAGUCAUGAGUAGGCCUCUCGUGUUGCUUCCUCUCCUCUUCAUCGUCCUGUUAUGGCCAUCAGUUGCAACAUCAACUUUGCAACUGGCAAAGCCCAAUUGCCCUAGUGAAUGUGGUAAUAUCCAUGUUCCUUACCCUUUCGGCUUCGGUUCCAAAGAGUGUUACAGAAAUAAUGAUUUCAAGCUAACCUGCGACAAAAGCAACAACCCUGCAAAACUGAUUGGAGGGACAAACAUUGAAGUUCUACAUGUUUCAUAUCAAGGACAGCUGCAUAUACUUUCUGCUAUAAGUUACGAUUGCUACAAUAAGUCCGGUCAAUCGAGUGGUCGGAUGGAAAGUUUUACGACUACGGAAGACCAAACCAUCCUCACCGUGUCUGAUACAGAAAACAUUUUCACAGCUUUGGGUUGCGACACCAUGUCUAUCCUUACGGGUUACAAUGGCCUGAACUUCCAGAGUGGGUGUAGCAUGAUUUGCAGCAACGUAUCUGAUGUGGUCAAUGGCUCUUGCAACGGCAUAGGUUGUUGCCAGACCUCAAUUCCAAAGGGUUUCGGAAGCUUCAAUAUUUCUGUUGAUAGCUAUCAACAUCACAUCCAAGUCUUUGAUUUCAAUCCCUGCAGCUACGCUUUCAUCGUUCAAAGUAGCUGGUUCAACUUCUCUGUCUCUGAUCUCCUCAAUUUCAAAAGUAUUGGGGAAACUGUCCCUGUUGUGUACGAUUGGGCAGUAGAUCUAAAGUCUUGUGAAGAAGCUGUGAAAAACCAGACUACUUACGCAUGCAAAAAUAGCAAAUGUGUCCCCUCCAAGAACGGUCUUGGCUACAGCUGCACUUGUUUCGAAGGUUAUGAAGGGAACCCUUACCUCGAUCAUGGAUGCCAAGACGUGGAUGAAUGUAAAUUCGCUACAAAAAAGAAUUGCUCUAAGAAUGCUAUAUGCAAAAACACUCUUGGGAGUUAUAACUGCUAUUGUCCAAAAGGCUUCUAUGGCGACGGUUUUGAAAAUGGGACUCGCUGUGUUGAACGGGUUUCUAUCCCGGUGACAAAAAUAAUUGCAGGUACUAGUGCCGGCUUUGUGUUUCUCUUUUUUAUCAUUUGGUUUUUAUAUUGGGCAAUUACAAGAAGACAAAAACUUAGAGAGAAAUUCUUCCAAGAAAAUGGAGGCAUACUAUUACAACAACAAAUCGCUUCACAUAAAGGGGUCAAAGAUAUUGCCAAGAUUUUCUCCAUAAGAAUGUUAAAGAAGGCAACCAAUAACUUCCAUGAGAGUCGAAUAAUCGGUCAAGGUGAGAGGAAAGACAAUGUUCUAACGAUUUAAGCACUUUAAGGCUUAUUGUAUACUUGGGAUGUUGGAGUGGUUGUGGAGCCUUUUUCUUCUCUAGAGGUACUUGGACUGGAGGUUAGGAGUUUAGGGAUGUUGGCUUAGAUUUUCUGUACUAGUCAGUUUCUUUUGAAUCUAUCGUUAUUUUAUUGUGUGAUUGGUCAAAGUUAGAUUUAAUCAUAAUUUGGAAGUUGUGGUUUUUAUUCUUA